AUCGAUUAAACACAUUAAAUAAUUAAACUAAUAACAAAGACGAUAUAACACAUUAACACUAAAUUAAUAAUCGAAAACAUUCUCCCGCGCUGUACCGCGGAUACGAACCUAGUUGUAUACGUAAUUAAGAGGAUACAAAAAGAAAAGAUUUGUGACUGACGUGUAGCCAUGAUUAAGUCAACUUGCAUCAGAAAACUCUGAGAAAGAAUGGUGAAGUUGCUAUGAAUUUUCUAUUCAUAAUGAUGCGUGAGACUUCACUUCUCCUUUCUUUUCACAAUCUCAAUUCUCAAUCGCUGAAGUCUGUUUGUUCUUCUUGAAAUUAGCUUCCUCCUCUUCUCUCUCUAUGGCUCUAUCUUCUUCUUGAAAUUAGUUUCCUCCUAUCUCUAUGGCUCUAUCAACUUUGGCUUCUUCUUCUUCUUCUUCCGAAAAAUGGGGGAACGACGUCUUUUUGAGCUUUAGUGGAGAGGAUAUACGCGAAAACUUCCUCAGCCACUUUCGUAAGGAGCUGGAUCGGUAUCCGAUACUUGUUUUCAAAGACGACAAGAUCAAGAAAGGCCAACCACUCGGUCCCAAGCUAACACAGGAGAUUAAGAAAUCAAGAAUUGCGAUCGUUAUCUUUUCAAGAAAAUAUGCCUCUUCAAGUUGGUGCCUCAAUGAGUUGCUAGAAAUCGUGAAAUGCAAGAAAAAUUGUAAUCAAGUGGUGAUUCCCGUUUUCUACCGUUUGGAUCCUACCCAUGUUAGGAAACAGAGCGGAGUCUUUGGAAUGUAUUUUAAAAAGACUUGCCUCAACAAAACAGCGAAAGUGAAAAUUAUAUAUGAAAGAGCUUUGACCUAUGUUGCUAAUAUCACCGGAUAUCAUUCUUCUGUGACAUGCAAAAAUGAAGCAAAAAUGAUUGAGGCCAUCAUCUAUGAUAUUUUGGGUGAGAUGGCUUUAACACAAUCCAAGGAUUUCGAGGACUUUGUCGGUAUUGAAGCUCCUAUUGCAAAACUGAAAUUUUGGUUGGAUUCGAAGGCCGAUGAUGUGAGGAUGGUUGGGAUAUGUGGUCCCUCCGGAAUUGGUAAGACUUCCUUUGCAAGAGUUCUAUUCAACCGACUCUGCCCUGGCUUCCAAUGUAAGGUUUUCGUUGAUAGGGCUUUUAUAUCUAAGAGUAAGGAACAUUAUAGGGGAGCCAAUAUGGACGACUUAAACAUGAAGUUGCAUUUAGUAGGAAAUUUUCUUUCCGAAAUUUUGGGGAAAAGGAGCAUCAAAGUAUCUCAUUUAAAUGCAGUGAGAGAGUGGCUAAAGAAUUACAAAGUUCUAAUAUUUAUAGAUGAUUUGGAAUUGGAGGAUCAAUUUGUGUUAGAUACCUUGGUAGGUCACACUGAUUGGUUUGGACGUGGGAGCAUAAUCAUUAUGAUUACAAAACAUAGGAAUCUUUUAGAAGCCCACGGGAUUGGUAGUAUUUAUGAAGUUCCUCUCCCAUCUGAUGAUCAUGCUCGUCAAAUACUAUGUCGAUAUGCCUUCAAGCAAAACUAUCCACCUGAUGAUUUUCUGGAUCUUGCUUCUGAAACUGCAUUGCGUGCGGGUAAGCUUCCAUUGGUUCUUAAGUCUUGGGGUUCGAAAUUGUCGGGAAGAGACAAAAAAGACUGGAUGGAUUUGCUGCUAAGGUUUCCAGAAGAUCAACAUGUUAGUAUUGAAGAGAAACUGAAGCUUAGCUACAAUGGGUUAAAUAACAAAAUCGAUGAAGCAGUAUUUCGUCGCAUUGCAUUCCUCAAUGGUGGUGAAGCCGAAGAUAUCAAGUUACUACUAGCAGAUAGUGACUUGGAUGUUGAUACUGGGAUUAAAAACCUAGUUGAUAAAUCCCUUAUCCAAGUAACAAGCAAUACUGUGGAGAUACACUCUUUGAUACAAGAAAUGGGUAAAAAGAUAAUUCGUACACAGUCUAGUGAGCCUGGAAAACGAGAAUUCAUUACGGAUUCAAUAGAAAUUCGCAGAGUACUUGAAGAUAACACUGGUACGCCAAGCGUAAUAGGUAUCUCAUUCAAUGUAGAUGGUAUUGAUGGAUUUCAUAUUCAUAAGAGUGCCUUCAAAGAGAUGCCCAAUCUUCGGUUUUUAACGAUUUAUAGUGCGAAGAACAAAUCAGUUGGAUUGAACUUUUCAGAAGAUUACGAUUUUAUUCUACCACCUAAUCUCAAAUUACUGGAAUGGAGUCAGUACCCUUUGAAAUCUAUGCCUUCUCCAUUUUCUGAAAACCUUGUUGAGCUCGUAAUGAUUGAAAGCAAACUCGAGAAGCUGUGGGAUGGAGUUCAACCACUUACUCGGCUUAAGAAGAUGAAUUUGAGGGGAUCCCAAAACCUGAAAGAACUCCCGGAUCUCUCAAUGACUAUAAAUCUUGAGAUACUUAACUUGGAGAAUUGCUCGAAUUUGGUGGAGCUUCCUUCCUCUGUGCAGUAUCUCAAUAAGCUAAAGAGAUUGAACAUGUCACGCUGUAAUAAUCUGAAGAUUUUUCCAACCAACAUCAACCUCCAAGCUCUGGACAGCCUCAAUCUCUUUAAAUGCUCAAAAUUAAGGAGUUUUCCUGAUAUCUCAACCAACAUUUCAGAACUGGAUCUAAGUCAAACAGGGAUUGAAGAGGUUCCUAGGUCGAUCGAGAACUUCACCAAGCUUAAGGUGAUAAAUAUGUGGAAUUGCGAAAAACUGAAGUAUGUAUCACUAAACAUUUCCAAAAUGCAACAUCUUGAGACAGCUGACUUUUCAGACUGUGAGGGAUUGAUUGUAGCUAACUUGAACGAUGGUUCAACUGCGGUGACAAAGGCCGUCAAUGUCAAGGUUUUCUCAUCUCUUCCAGAUGAUUGUUCCCCAAGAGUGAAGCUCAAUUUCAUCAACUGCUUCAACUUGGAUCAAGAAGCUCUCCUUCAAGAACAAUCCUUUUUCAAAAGACUGAUCUUGUCAGCUGAAGAAGUGCCUUCAUAUUUCACUCACCGUACUACUGGCACCUCUCUGACCAAUAUCCCUCUACUUGAAACAUCUCUCUCACAAUCAUUCUUCAGGCUUAUGGCUUGUGCCAUGGUAGAUUUUGAAUCUACUUUAAUAGAUCAUUGUCCGUUCCUCAUCGAGGUGAACUGUCAGUUCAAAGACGGACUCAGAAACCACUUUGGUUCCGCUUAUUGGCCUAUGUACGUCUCGGUAUCACCGUUGAGUAGCCAUCUCGUUAUAUUCAACUGUAGCUUACCCUUAAACGGUGAGUAUGCCUAUCUAGCAAAACGUCACUACGAUCAUGUGGAUAUACAGUUUCGCCUGACUGAUGACUACUCUCAGUUCAAACUAAAAGGAUGUGGUAUAAGACUCUAUGAGGAUGGAACUCCAUCUCUGGAUAUUGCACAUGCUUAAUGACCGAUGAUAUCAACAGGGAGAGUGGAAAGACAGGUCAAGUGUGUAGCGACAGAGAAGAAGAAGCAAAUCAAGGUAGCAUCAUGUAUCUUAUCUCAAGAUUUGUUUGUUUUACCCAUAUAUGAAUUAUGAAAGAACAAUUACUUUCCCUCCAUAGUGCAUCUUGUAGAGUAUAUAUAUAAAUAGAGAUUAUGUGUAUAAUAGUUUCCUAAUUAUUCACAUAAUCUCUAUUUAUAUAUUUACUCUACAUAUCUCUCGACGUUAUGCAUUUGGUUUUUU